AAAAAAAAAAUUGAACGAAUGAGCCUCCCUCCCUCCUUUCAUUUCAGUCUCUGACAGCUCCCUCUCAUUUUUUUAACUCUUUCCUUCCUUACUUUAAAAGCCUCAACUCACAAGCACCUUCUCCAAUAAACUAAACCCCAAACCCACGUCUCUCUCUCUCUCUCUGAAACAGUGGAAUCCAAGAGAGAGAAAAAAACCAGCUUUGCUCUUGCUCUUAAUCUCUCUCCUUUUCUCAUCUGGGUUUUGUUCCUAAAACAAUCACAACCCAUAAACCUCUCUCCUUUCUCUCUCUCUCUGUCUCUCUCUUUCUGGGUUCACUGCAAAACCAGCCCAGGUUGAAAAGCUGAACAGGGAAAAGGUGAAAACCGGAGAAGAGAAAAAUUUAAAAACCGAAGCUUUAUCAGAAGACAAUGGUGCGCUAUCAGCGGAGUCAUCAGUGGAAAAAAGGUGAAAAGCAUAUAGACGAAGAUGAAGAGUCUCAGACGUUUCUGAUGGAGUUUGCAAACUCUGGUUAUUACAAAAGAUCAAGCCCCAAGCUUCUCUAUCUUCUCUUCAUCUCUCUUCUCUCUUGCAGCUUCAUAUUAGCCCCUCACCUUUUCAGUUCCAGCACCACUUUCUCUCUCUUAUAUUCAACUCUGAUAGAAGAUGAAGGGCUUGCUGGUGAUAUGAAUAUAAAUGCUCCCCUGUGUUCUUCGAUCUCUGAUGGAGCUAUAUGUUGUGAUCGUAGCAGUAUUCGUUCAGAUAUUUGUAUCAUGAAAGGGGAUGUGAGAACCCAGUCUACUUCCUUUUCGAUCUUUGUCUAUGGAUCUGAAGACAGAAGUAGCUCCAAAAGUCUGUUUUCAGGUAUUGUUGAGGAAAAUGAGGAACUCCAACACGAAAGGAUCAAACCAUACACCCGGAAAUGGGAAACUAGUGUGAUGAACACCAUUGAUGAAUUACACCUCAUUGCAAAGAAAGACAGUACUCUAGGCCCGUACCAACAACAGUGUGAUGUCCAACAUGAUGUUCCAGCUGUGUUUUUCUCGACUGGGGGCUAUACCGGUAAUGUUUAUCAUGAAUUCAAUGAUGGGAUUGUGCCAUUGUACAUUACCUCCCAGCAUUUCGACAAAAAGGUUGUGUUUGUCAUUCAGGAUUAUCAUAAUUGGUGGGUCAUGAAAUAUGGAGACAUUCUUUCACAGCUAUCAGAUUAUCCACCUAUAGACUUCAGUGGAGAUAAGAGAACUCAUUGCUUCCCUGAGGCCAUUGUUGGUCUGAGAAUUCAUGACGAGCUUUCUGUUGAUUCUUCACUGAUGGAGAGGAAUAAGGACAUUGUUGAUUUCCGGGAUGUCCUAGACAGAGCUUACUGGCCUCGAAUUAGAGGUCUAAUUCAAGAUGAGGAACGAGAAGCGCAGGAGAAGCUUUCAGUGUCUCCCACAUUUGAAAGCUCCUUAGAAAUCAAAAAAGAAGUGCAAGAAGAUCAACUUUUGAAGAAGCCUAAACUGCUAAUCAUAUCUCGGAAUGGAUCAAGAGCGAUAACUAAUGAAAAUUUAUUGGUGAAGAUGGCUGAGAAAAUCGGUUUUGAAGUUGAGGUUUUGAGACCAGACCGCACGACAGAGUUGGCAAAGAUUUAUCGGGCACUUAAUGCGAGUGAUGUCAUGAUUGGAGUUCAUGGUGCUGCUAUGACUCAUUUUCUCUUCAUGAAGCCGCACUCUGUUUUCAUCCAAGUUAUUCCUCUCGGAACUGAAUGGGCAGCAGAAGAGUAUUAUGGAGAACCUGCAAAGAAGCUUGGCUUGAAAUACAUUGGCUAUCAAAUUCUCGCAAGAGAGAGCUCUUUGUAUGGCAAAUAUGAUAGAGAUGAUCCUGUUCUUCGAGAUCCACAGAGCGUAAACAAAAAGGGAUGGGAAUACACAAAGAAAAUCUAUCUUGAUGGCCAAACUGUGAGAUUAGACCUUGGGAGAUUUCGGAAACGUUUGGUUCGUGCUUAUGAUUACAUGUUGAGUAGAAUGAACCAGCGUCCCCAUCUGCAAUAUUCACAGUGAUUUCAAAGGUGUACUGAUUCUUUACCUUGCAUAAAUCAUUUUGAAUGUUGUAGGUGGUGUAAAAUGGCUAUGCUAGGAAGGUUCUUUGUACUCGGUAGAAAUUGUUGAACAUAUAUAUAUGAACUCUGUACAUCAAGCAUUGGACAAAGAAGCUUAGUUUUGGUAAAUACUACUUGUUCUUCUAGGAAUUUUUUUUAUUCUUUAAUUAUCAAGUGUAUCAAAAGCAAUUUUUUCUUUAA